AGGAUGCACAAAGAUAAGGAGAAAAAGUAUUGCGAAAAAUAUAUUACUGAAAUGUGUUAAUAAAGUGCCAAGUUGGCAUUUUCCUUUUUUUGUUUUAUUUUCAAAUAAAUCUCAACAAAUGUGCAGAGAAAAAAUGAAUGGUAUUAUACUUAAAUAAAAAAAAAAAAAAAACACGAAACAGUGCUGCUCAGCUUUGCUACUUCACCCCUCCACCCCGCGUUUAUGUUAAAAUGAAAAAUUUCAAAUUGAAUGCCCUUUCCGUGCCAUAAACAUUUUGUAGACGACCUUGAAUACAUCAAGAGCAAAAAUAUAGCCGAAAUAUUUGAGGGACUCCUUGGAUACGUUUAUUUCGAAAAGCCGCAAAACGUGGUGGAGUCAUUGAUUGGAGAGUUGAAAAAAUUAGAAAAGAAGAAUAACGUGAAAAAAGUGUUCGAUGCGGAAGAUAUAAAGGCAGUGUACAACUUUUUAAAUUUACAAAAUGAGAAAUGUAUAUCUAGGGAAAAGUGCAUUCUAGGCCUGAGCCAAUUCGUGCUGAACAACAAACAGAGGGAGUUUAUGGAAAGUGCAAAAAUCUCCAGCGAUGUCGACCUAGAAGUGUUCACUUCCUACGCUGAAAAAAUCAUUAAUAUGUAAAAAAAGGCGGAGUUGCCGAAGAGGGAGCGCUUUAAAGAAGUGGCAAAAUACGUUUCAUCUGCUCGGAAGACAUUUCUUUGGUUUGAAAAAGGUUCACUCGAUUGAUAGCCCCCCCGAAAGGCGCAGCUUUUGCCAUUGCGAUUUAUUUGAACGUGUAUGUUUUUAAUUUUAUCCCUAUCUGCGAUUUAGCUGCGACUUAUGUGCGCCUUUUCUGCCUUUACGCUAUACCUCUUGUAAACUCUGCAACAUGGGAAGAGAGCAAUAGUGCGGCACUAAACGAGGUACACGCAUUUUUAAACAUAUCGGUUGAGUGCACGACAAGCAACUUUGUCCACGCGGUGAAAAAUUAAGUCUACUUCGCGAGGGUGACAUUUGUACCCUCAUCAGGGUAGGCGACAUAUGGGAACGAAAUGGCAGCACUUGCAAAAGGUUUAACCUUAAUGA